CACCGGGCACGAGCUCACAGGCAAGUCAAGCUGGGAGGACCAAGGCCAGGCAGCCGGGAGCACCCAAGGCAGGAAAAUGAGACCUACAUUCAUGUCUUUCAGGUGGCUGCUUCUCUAUUAUGCUCUGUGCUUCUCCCUGUCAAAGGCUUCAGCCCACACCGUGGAGCUAAACGAUAUGUUUGGCCAGAUCCAGUCGCCUGGUUAUCCAGACUCCUAUCCCAGUGAUUCAGAGGUGACUUGGAAUAUCACUGUCCCAGAUGGGUUUCGGAUCAAGCUUUACUUCAUGCACUUCAACUUGGAAUCCUCCUACCUUUGUGAAUAUGACUAUGUGAAGGUAGAAACUGAGGACCAGGUGCUGGCAACCUUCUGUGGCAGGGAGACCACAGACACAGAGCAGACUCCCGGCCAGGAGGUGGUCCUCUCCCCUGGCUCCUUCAUGUCCAUCACUUUCCGGUCAGAUUUCUCCAAUGAGGAGCGUUUCACAGGCUUUGAUGCCCACUACAUGGCUGUGGAUGUGGACGAGUGCAAGGAGAGGGAGGACGAGGAGCUGUCCUGUGACCACUACUGCCACAACUACAUUGGCGGCUACUACUGCUCCUGCCGCUUCGGCUACAUCCUCCACACAGACAACAGGACCUGCCGAGUGGAGUGCAGUGACAACCUCUUCACUCAAAGGACUGGGGUGAUCACCAGCCCUGACUUCCCAAACCCUUACCCCAAGAGCUCUGAAUGCCUCUAUACCAUCGAGCUGGAGGAGGGUUUCAUGGUCAACCUGCAGUUUGAGGACAUAUUUGACAUUGAGGACCAUCCUGAGGUGCCCUGCCCCUAUGACUACAUCAAGAUCAAAGUUGGUCCAAAAGUUUUGGGGCCUUUCUGUGGAGAGAAAGCCCCAGAACCCAUCAGCACCCAGAGCCACAGUGUCCUGAUCCUGUUCCAUAGUGACAACUCGGGAGAGAACCGGGGCUGGAGGCUCUCAUACAGGGCUGCAGGAAAUGAGUGCCCAGAGCUACAGCCUCCUGUCCAUGGGAAAAUCGAGCCCUCCCAAGCCAAGUAUUUCUUCAAAGACCAAGUGCUCGUCAGCUGUGACACAGGCUACAAAGUGCUGAAGGAUAAUGUGGAGAUGGACACAUUCCAGAUUGAGUGUCUGAAAGAUGGGACGUGGAGUAACAAGAUUCCCACCUGUAAAAUUGUAGACUGUAGAGCCCCAGGAGAGCUGGAACACGGGCUGAUCACCUUCUCCACAAGGAACAACCUCACCACAUACAAGUCUGAGAUCAAAUACUCCUGUCAGGAGCCCUAUUACAAGAUGCUCAACAAUAACACAGGUAUAUAUACCUGUUCUGCCCAAGGAGUCUGGAUGAAUAAAGUACUGGGGAGAAGCCUACCCACCUGCCUUCCAGUAGAGACGGAGUUUCUCUAUGUUGGUCAGGCUGGUCUCGAACUCCCCACCUCAGGUGAUCCGCCCACCUCAGCUUCCCAAAGUGCUGGGAUUACAGUGUGUGGGCUCCCCAAGUUCUCCCGGAAGCUAAUGGCCAGGAUCUUCAAUGGACGCCCAGCCCAGAAAGGCACCACUCCCUGGAUUGCCAUGCUGUCACACCUGAAUGGGCAGCCCUUCUGCGGAGGCUCCCUUCUAGGCUCCAGCUGGAUUGUGACCGCCGCACACUGCCUCCACCAGUCGCUCGAUCCGGAAGAUCCGACCCUACAUGACUCAGACUUGCUCAGCCCUUCUGACUUCAAAAUCAUCCUGGGCAAGCAUUGGAGGCUCCGGUCAGAUGAAAAUGAACAGCAUCUCGGCGUCAAACACAUCACUCUCCACCCCCAGUAUGAUCCCAACACAUUCGAGAAUGACGUGGCUCUGGUGGAGCUGUUGGAGAGCCCAGUGCUGAAUGCCUUCGUGAUGCCCAUCUGUCUGCCUGAGGGACCCCAGCAGGAAGGAGUCAUGGUCAUCGUCAGCGGCUGGGGGAAGCAGUUCUUGCAAAGGUUCCCAGAGACCCUGAUGGAGAUUGAAAUCCCGAUUGUUGACCACAGCACCUGCCAGAAGGCUUAUGCCCCGCUGAAGAAGAAAGUGACCAGGGACAUGAUCUGUGCUGGGGAGAAGGAAGGGGGAAAGGACGCCUGUGCGGGUGACUCUGGAGGCCCCAUGGUGACCCUGAAUAGAGAAAGAGGCCAGUGGCACCUGGUGGGCACUGUGUCCUGGGGUGAUGACUGUGGGAAGAAGGACCGCUACGGAGUAUACUCUUACAUCCACCACAACAAGGACUGGAUCCAGAGGGUCACCGGAGUGAGGAACUGAAUUUGGCUCCUCAGCCCCAGCACCACCAGCUGUGGGCAGUCAGUAGCAGAGGACGAUCCUCCGAUGAAAGCAGCCAUUUCUCCUUUCCUUCCUCCCAUCCCCCUUCCUUCGGCUUAUCCAUUACUGGGCAAUAGAGCAGGUAUCUUCACCCCCUUUUCACUCUCUUUAAAGAGAUGGAGCAAGAGAGUGGUCAGAACACAGGCCGAAUCCAGGCUCUAUCACUUACUAGUUUGCAGUGCUGGGCAGGUGACUUCAUCUCUUCGAACUUCAGUUUCUUCAUAAGAUGGAAACGCUAUACCUUACCUACCUCGUAAAAGUCUGAUGAGGAAAAGAUUAACUAAUAGAUGCAUAGCACUUAACACAGUGCACAGCAUACACUGUUUUCAAUAAAUGCACCUUAGCAGAAGGUCGAUGUGUCUACCAGGCAGACGAAGCUCUCUUACAAACCCCUGCCUGGGUCUUAGCAUGGAUCAGUGACACACCUCUCCCCUCAACCUUGACCAUCUCCAUCUGCCCUUAAAUGCUGUAUGCUUUUUUGCCACCGUGCAACUUGCCCAACAUCAAUCUUCACCCUCAUCCCUAAAAAAGUAAAACAGACAAGGUUCUGAGUCCUGUGGUAUGUCCCCUAGCAAUGUAGCUAGGAACAUGCACUAGAUGCCAGAUUGCAGGAGGGCCUGAGAGAAGCAGGGACAGGAGGGAGCCUGGGGAUUGUGGUUUGGGAAGGCAGACACCUGGUUCUAGAACUAGCUCUGCCCUUAGCCCCCUGUAUGACCCUAUGCAAGUCCUCCUCCCUCAUCUCAAAGGGUCCUCCAAGCUCUGACGAUUUAAGAUACAAUGAAGCCAUUUUCCCCCUGAUAAGAUGAGGUAAAGCCAAUGUAACCAAAAGGCAAAAAUUACAAUCGGUUCAAAGGAACUUUGAUGCAGACAAAAUGCUGCUGCUGCUCCUGAAAUACCCACCCCUUUCCACUACGGGUGGGUUCCCAAGGACAUGGGACAGGCAAAGUGUGAGCCAAAGGAUCCUUCCUUAUUCCUAAGCAGAGCAUCUGCUCUGGGCCCUGGCCUCCUUCCCUUCUUGGGAAACUGGGCUGCACGAGGUGGGCCCUGGUAGUUUGUACCCCAGGCCCCUACACUCUUCCUUCCUAUGUCCACAGCUGACCCCAAGCAGCCGUUCCCCGACUCCUUACCCCUGAGCCUCACCCUGAACUCCCUCAUCUUGCAAGGCCAUAAGUGUUUUCCAAGCAAAAUGCCUCUCCCAUCCUCUCUCAGGAAGCUUCUAGAGACCUUAUGCCCUCCAGAGCUCCAAGAUAUAAGCCCUCCAAGGGAUCAGAAGCUCCAAGUUCCUGUCUUCUGUUUUAUAGAAAUUGAUCUUCCCUGGGGGACUUUAACUCUUGACCUGUAUGCAGCUGUUGGAGUAAUUCCAGGUCUCUUGAAAAAAAAGAGGAAGAUAAUGGAGAAUGAGAACAUAUAUAUAUAUAUAUUAAACCCCAGGCUGAAUACUCAGGGACAGCAAUUCACAGCCUGCCUCUGGUUCUAUAAACAAGUCAUUCUACCUCUUUGUGCCCUGCUGUUUAUUCUGUAAGGGGAAGGUGGCAAUGGGACCCAGCUCCAUCAGACACUUGUCAAGCUAGCAGAAACUCCAUUUUCAAUGCCAAAGAAGAACUGUAAUGCUGUUUUGGAAUCAUCCCAAGGCAUCCCAAGACACCAUAUCUUCCCAUUUCAAGCACUGCCUGGGCACACCCCAACAUCCCAGGCUGUGGUGGCUGCUGUGGGAACUACCUAGAUGAAGAGAGUAUCAUUUAUACCUUCUAGGAGCUCCUAUUGGGAGACAUGAAACAUAUGUAAUUGACUACCAUGUAAUAGAACAAACCCUGCCAAGUGCUGCUUUGGAAAGUCAUGGAGGUAAAAGAAAGACCAUUCUGGUAUGAAGGUUUUGGGGGAGGAGAUAUCAAUCAAGAAGGCUUCCCAGAAGAGGUGACUGGACCAGAGCCUUGUCCACAGGUAAGACGGAGGAGGCCUUCCACAUGGAGGGAGAACAAUAGUAAAUGUCCACUCAAGAUGUCCUUUAUUAUACCAGCUCCUCCCACAAAAACACAUGUCCAGUGGACUCUUUUUCUGGGAUCAGAACCAACACCAAAAAGAGCUUUUCUCCUUAAAGUUAGAAUUCUAAACAGGACUUGAAAUGGCCUCAAGGUUUAUGCACAAAUACUGACUUCUGGCUGGACCCAGCUUAUUCUGUUUAUUUCUCCAAUUGCAAUUUCAUCCUUAUCCUGAGAAAAUGUCUAAAUAGGCCAUGGAACCCAGGCUUCCCCGUGACCUACAAGCACUUAUUAGCUGUGCCAGCUCCUGCACUGCUGCUUAGGUCCAAGAAACCCAGAUCUCUCACAGAGCCAUAGAAGCAGAGGGCUGGAGUAUCUGUGAGGACAACAACCUUGUCUAACUUCGCGACCUCAUUCUUGAGCAUUUCUACUGAUGAGAAACUCACUACCCCCAAUUGCAGCUCAUUCAACUUUAAAAUUGCUGCUUUUUGAAUCACUGAUUGUGAAUAUUAAUUUUAAAAAAAUAAGUAAGAAAAUGUUUUAAAUGUGCUGCCUCUUUAAAAGGUCUCCUCUUUGUGCAACCAAAACCCACCUCUCUAGAAUACAGUUUGUAUAACUGAAGCUAUAAUUUCAUACCAUGAGUGCUGCUGUUAGCAAUAAUAAUCACGCCCGGAUUUUAUUAACAACAGAAGCUGUUGCUCAUAUGAAAAAACAAACAUUAGUUCCAAUAAACAUCUGCAUUGAGUCAAA